UAUUAUAUGCUGCUGCUAUGUCGAGCGUCAAGCUUGGCGUGGCAUCCCGUGUUCAGCAAGUAGCACCCCUGGCGCACUACUACCACUGCGCGAUGCACGGCCUGAACCUCGCUGCAUCAAGAAUGAGCUUCGUUCGGGCGGUGAAGAACGCCCAAGGGACGAUGGAGACCGUCAUCGACUUCGUCACAGACAGCGCAAAGCGGACCGUAGUACUGCAGCAGGCUCAGAAGAGGACGGGUCGCAGACAGCAACGCCUCAUCAAGUUGUGCGAGACACGCUUCGUCGAGCGCUACACGUCCGUUCAUCGGUUCUGUGAGCAGUUCCCAGCUAUCGUGGAUGCCCUGCGGCUCAUGACCAACUGGAACGACAACAUCACCAGCGCGAAGGCGAGCAUGCUGCUGAAGGCCAUGGAGGCGUCAGACUUCUUGGUGGCUAUCGUGGUCAUGAAGGCGUUAGCCAGCCUGCUGCGACCACUGUCUCAGAAGCUGCAGCACCGGGGUGCAGAUCUGAUUCAGACCCUCGGCUUGGUGCGGACCACCAUCAGUACGCUCACGGAGAUGCGAACUGAGUCCUCAUUCCAGCAGCUGAUGGUCGAAGCACAGACAAUGGCAGACGAGCUCGAGACAACAAUCGAGAAGCCACGGAUCCCUGCGCACCGCUCGACAUUCAGAGCGAACUCGGGCGAGGACCUAGAUGUCACAGGCUACUACCGCGUGAACAUCUUCUUCCCAGCCAUCGAUGCUGUGCAGCAGGACAUGGAGGAGAGGUUCGGCAGCACCCAACCGGGAACUGAUGCCGCUGGACGUCGAGCAGGGGCGGCACGACACACUCACCACACUCAGGCGUUCUCGCUUUCCGCCAUUCUGCCAACGCGAGUGGCCGGCGCAUCGUGGGAGGACAUCCGUCCAGGCUGGGAGCUCUUUCUGCCGGUUCUACCUGAGAGCUUUGAGUGCGACACCAAGGCAGAACUAGGUCUAUAAAGCCAUGUGGCGGCGCAACCAGGACAAGGUGGUACCCGACACCGCAGUAGCAGCCCUGGACCACUGCGACCCCGUUACCUUCCCGACCAUCCACCGUCUCCUGCAGAUCCUUGCGGUACUGCCGGUGUCCGCUGCGGAGGCCGAGCGGACCUUCAGCAAGGUCACCAGGACGUUGACCGAGGUCCGGGCGACAAUGGGGGAGGAACGUUUGGAGGCGCUGGUCAUGUGCCAAACGCACCGCGACCUUCUCCCAGCCUCCGAGAAGGUGGUCGACUUCUUUAUGAAGUCUGGCUCUGGCACUCGCCGAGCGCAGCUGAAGUGAUAGACUACUGUGUCAUCUGGACUGGACAACGACAUUUGGCUCU